AGGUUCGGGAGGCACUUUGAGGCCCCGCUGUUGUGGCAGAGCGUGGUCAUGAUCCUCACCAUGCUGCUGAUGCUGCGGCUCUGCACCCAGGUCCGUGUAGCCAACGAGCUCAACAUGAAGCGCCGCAGCUUUGCAGCUACAGAUAGUAAGGAUGAAGAAGUCAAAGUCACCUCAAGGCGGUCCUUUCUGGCACUUUGAAUAUAUUAUCCCACUACCUUCUGGACUCCAUUAUUUCUGAUGAGAAGUCAGCUGUUAAUCUUGUUGGGGUUUCCUUACUUCGACCCUCACCACUUCUGGCAGUGGAGCAGCUUUGCAGACUACGUGCAGUGUGUCCUGGCCUUCACAGGUGUGGCGGGCUACGUCACGUACCUGUCCAUCGACUCGGCCCUGUUCGUGGAGACUCUGGGCUUCCUGGCCGUGCUGACUGAGGCCAUGCUGGGGGUGCCGCAGCUCUACCGCAACCACCGCCACCGGUCCACAGAGGGCAUGAGCAUCAAGAUGGUGCUCAUGUGGGCCAGUGGUGAUGCCUUCAAGACGGCCUACUUCCUGCUGAAUGGCGCCCCACUACAGUUCUCCGUGUGUGGCCUGCUGCAGGUGUUGGUGGAUCUGACUAUCUUGGGGCAGGCCUAUGCCUUCGCCCGCCAUCCCCAGAAGCCAGCACCCCAUGUCACACAUCCUGCCAGUGCCAAGGCCCUCUGAGGGGGGAGUGGGACGGGUGACCACCAGCCGCAGGCACUGGGGGACCCCUGUCCUCUUGUGUGGGUGUGGGCACUACGGCCCCCAUGGGUGUGGGUAAGAGGUGGUGUUCAGGUGUCAGGAUCUCCACCAGCCUCUGUGAGGGGCUCCAGUGGGCAGAGGGGCCAGGGGCCAUCACAGGGAUGGCCAGCACGGACCUGACCUCUGAGGAUGGGUUUCGGGUGUUUUUAAGGUAAUGGAAAAAGUGAGUGUUUUUUCCCAUUUCCUCUCAAAAACACCUGAGAUGUGACCACAAACAGAAUGGUUCCGAUCUUGCCAGCUUCCCCAUGGGCCAAGAGGCCUCUGGGUGGGAGACGAGGAGACAUGGCAUCAGGAGACUCUGCGAGUCCCAUGAGCAGAGCCUUGGGACCCAGAGCAACCCUGACCGGAUGCCCUGGUUGGACAUGUGUGGCCUCUGCUGCCUGGGCUGUAUGGAGGGCUUGGAGGCCAUAGGAUGCAGGACACCGGCACUCUGGUUUUCUGACAGUCAAUUGUAGAUGCCAGGGUAUGGCAGGCUCAUGUCCAGCCUGUCUAAACAUUGCCAGAGCCAGCUGAAGGGUGCUCACCUCAGAGUUUUCAGUUCCCUUGGAAUCCUGAGGAUGUGGAAGGUGGGAAGGACCUCCAGGCAUAUGCGAGGCCCCCCUGAGGGCAUGUGGAAAGGCCCUGAAUGCUGCCCUGAGGAGGGCCCUGUAUGUGGAGAUUCUCUUCCUUCUGGGCAGUUUGGUGUCCAUCUUCCAGGACAGAGACACGGAGGUCAGGGGUGGGGAUACAAGUUCUGGCCCCCAACCUGCCACCCUGGGCUCUGGGGCCUGAAACACCUCCUGGGUGGUGGCGUGGCCUGGCUACAUGGCCCUUCUGCCGUCCCCUGUCUACUGCCUGGGCAUUGUGGCUCUCUCAUGGUUCUGGCUGCAGUGGGAGCCAUGGGUCUGACUGUUGUCACCCCGUGCCCUGCCCCUGCCUCUGUUUCAGUUGAACACAGAGUCAGCUGGCCCUGUCCUGAGCCACCCUGGAGCUCUGGAUGCUUCUGUGCAGCUCCCACGGCCAUGUCUUCCCUUCCGCCGGCGGAGGGGCCGCUCCUGCCUGUCCCUGUGUUGACACCGGCGGGAAGAUGCUCGAUGUGUUUCCUCCACCAGAGUUUUCCUCAGAAAACUCUCGAAUGUCUGAGCGAGGAUCUUGCUUAGCUCUUUGGCCUGUAAGAUGCUUUGAAAAUUUUAUUUUUUUAAAAUGAAGGUAGUGGCAACUGCCCCCAAAUUAAAUGUCACCGACUGCAGGCUCGGCGGCUGAGUGAAUGUACCCCCGGGGGCAACUUGGAAUCAAUAAAACUGUUUGGAUCCAGCA